UAUUUUUUAUUUUUCAUAAAUUUCAAACAAUGUAUUUGACUCAAAGUUAUCAGAUAUUAUAUCUUACCUUAUUUUUAGUGAAAGUUUAAUUUUAAAACAAUUUUAAAUGUCAAAUUAAUCCAGAAUAUACGACAAUAAUAUUUACGUGGCAUUUCGCCUAAUUCCGGCAAUUGUUUACAUUGACACCAGACGACAUCAGAAGACCCGUCAACAGAUCGUUUACCAGUAUAUUUGAACAUUUUUUAACCAUUUUACGUCAAACUUUUAUAUCUUAAUUACUUUUAAUAUACAUCGUAGCUAUUUUUAUAAGAUCUUUAUUCAAAGGGAAGGUUUAGACGGGGAUUUCUGUCUUGUAAACAGAAACAGAAAAUCGAGUCAAUAAGAAAGGGUCAGAACAUCAGACAAACGGCUCGCACUGUAUUACUAGAUCAUGCAUAUACAACUUCAUAUUCCUUAUCUUCAUAUAAACAACCAGACUUGUCAAAUUUUAUACACGAGGAAGUCGUAGAUGAAAACAAUGUAAACAUAACAUCAGACGAUAGUUGGAGAAAUUGAAGAAGUUGUUUAAAUAUAACAACAUGUGGCCUGGCUGCUGUCUUGAAAGUUUUAUGUGUCAACCAAAGUUGUAGAAACAUCAAUGUCAUACCAACAGGAAAACAGCACAACAGAAUAUGGGAUGUAAAUACAAAGUUAGCAGCAGCAUCAAUUCAUACGUACUGGUCUUGGUGAAUGACAGGUAAAUGGAUUUCUAUCCACAUUAAACAUACCUCCUGUCAGCCACAGAAUGUUUGAUGAACGGCAAAAAAGGAAAUUGGAUCAGUACUAGAAGGAAUUGCAGAGAAAUCGAUGAAAGAAUGGACAGAGAAAGAGAAAAGUAUGACGAAAGAAUGUAGUGGAAACGAGGACAUAACCGUAGCAGUUGACGCCGUGUGGCAAAAGAGAGGAAGUGGCAGAUCUUAUGAUAGUCUCACAGGUCAUUGCUCAAUGAUUGGAACAAGAACAGGCAUGAUUUUAGAUUAUAGUUUAAGAUCAAGAACAUGCAGAGUAUGUGUAACAGCUAGAAGAAUGAAAAAGAUACCUAAAGUACAUACUUGCAGAAAGAAUUACAGUGGGAGUUCCAAAGCAAUGGAAGCUGACAUGGUGGUACAAAUGGUAGCAGAUGCAAGAAUAAAAGGCAAAUAGAACAGCUGGUCUUCCACCUGGUGUUCACACAUCAAAAGUUAGCACGCUGAGAGAUCUCCAGUACAAAAAGAGAAAGGCAAUUGCAAUUACGAAGAAGGCUAAACUGAGAAGAUUAAAGUUGAAGACAGAACGUAAGUCAAGAUAUAUCAAGCUGUGAAGUGAGGGAAGGAAUCAGUUACCAGUCAGGCAUAGCUAUGGAAGAAUCUAGAUUGGAUCCAGAAAUACCCCCUCCUAGAACUUCAAGAAUAGAAGCCUCACCAAAGCAUUAUUCUGUUACAGAAAUUUUCUUUGAUAUAGAAGCUACAGGACUAAGUAGAUCAUCCCAUAUCACACAAUUAGCAGCAAAGAGUGCAGCAGAAUCUUUUUCCAGAUUUGUCCUACCCCAGCACCAAAUAACACUAAAGGCGGCAGAGAUUACUGGAUUGACAUUUGAAAAUGGGCAGUUUUUAUCAAAUGGAAAUGUGUUGCCUGCUGUCCAUAUCAAAAAGUGCCUCAAUGACUUUAUUUCUUUUCUUGAAAAAACUAAGAACAAUGUUUUAAUUGGCCAUAAUGUUCAAACAUAUGACUGUGUGUUAUUGUACACCUCACUACAAAAAUGUAAUUUGCUUGAUAAAUUCAAGUCAACUGUGAUAGGUUUUAUUGACACAUUGCCAUUAUUUAAACUUUCACAUCCAGGUCUGAAUUCUUAUUCACAGACAAAUUUGUUUGAAACAUUUAUGAGCAAAUCAUAUGAUGCCCACAGGGCUGAUGAAGAUGUUGAUGCACUAUGCACGCUUGUAAAUAAGAAUAUUGAAUUAAAUGUUCACUUUGAAAAAGUAUAUAUACCAGAAUGUGUCAUAUCAGACAAAUUCAUAUCUAUGAAAGAAUUGCAUAAAAAUUUGCCUUCUUUGAAGUUGUUGAUUGAUCGUAAGAUACUAUCAUUAGGAAUGGCACGAAUUAUUGCCAGUAGUGGACUGUGCUUGGAGCACUUGAAGUUGGCCUUUUCUAGGAAUGGUGGUAAAGGUAUAAAAGAUCUUUUCACAGAAAAGAGUGGUUCAGGGGUACCUGUCACAAAAUCAGAAAAGAUCAUAAGACAGGUUUCAGAUUUUUUGAAAGAAUAAUGUAAUUUUCAUGAACUUUCUGAUGUUGUUUUGAAUGUUUUUCAGUCCUUAGUUAUGUAUUUGAAAAUGUUAUUGAAUGAAAAAAGGUCUUUGUUAUACCAAGUAUACAGUGAUCUUGAUUUAAAACAAAU